GGUGUUGAGUAGUAGCUGCGGCGCGCUGCAGUGGCAGGUCGUGGUCAUCGUUUGUCAGGACUACAGUGUACUAGUCAGGACCAACUUUGUUGCGUUGUGUUCUCUUCAUUGUGUGAGCCACUUUUUGGAGAUGUUCAAGCGAAAGCUGACCGCGCUGGGAUUCAACAACACGGACAAUUUUAAUAUUCAAAGCCAAGGCGAGUUCCGCAGCCUGGUAGCCUGGCUUGAGGACCAGAAGAUCCGCCACUACAAGCUUGAGGAACGGGCAGCCUUGCGAGCCCUCGAUGCCCCUGGAUGGACGCAGGCGUUUGAAACGUACCUGCAAGACUUGGGCUGCCCGCACAAGAGUUCGGACACAAAGACCGUGCUAGACUGGCUGCUUGGCUUGGCUGUGCACCUGGAGUACUCGGAUGACCCGGACAAGUACGUGGAGGCCAGCAAGAAGGCCGAGCAGGACACAGGUGCCCCCAAGAUGGUGCAUGCAAACCCUCUGGAUGACUUGGACUUUGACUGUCAAGAGUUCCGACAAGGAGUGCAAGCACUGGCGCAGUAUCUUGGAGUCACCCAGCAUCCAGAUCACAUUGUGACAUUGCAAGGUGUGUGUGCAUUGAUCCAGGAGCGGCUGUCGACCACCGGCCAAGAGGCAGUCAAGCAGCGCAGCACGCAGGGCAAGCCCUAUCCAUUGAAAGAGAGCAGCCUAGGCUUUGACACUGGAGACCCAGUGCUGAACCAUGCCGCCAAGGUGCUGCGCCUGUUGUACGUGCAGGACCUGCGUGAGCUGCAGACUCGCAUCAACGAAGCCAUCGUGGCUGUGCAGGCCAUCACAGCAAACCCAAAGACCGACACCCGGCUGGGAAAAGUGGGACGCUAGCUGUGCCAUGCUUUCUUUCUCAAAUAGACACUCACGUGUGUGCAUUUGCGUUAACUCUCUGCUGGGUAUCUUAGUGCUGUGCAUAAAACUGCCAAGCAGACACACCUUCCAAGUCUUGUGUUUUCCUUUUAAAGAGUACUGACAAUAUUCUGUUGCAAGAAGUAGCCACUGACACAGCUAGAAACCUUACGUGCUCUGGCGCACAUUCAUUGAAUAUUCGCAGAUAUUUUUAUAGCACCCAGUCACAGUUUCACUGAGCAAGGGAAGUCCAAGAAGGCUUGAAUGUAAUACACACAGCUGGCCACAUAGCCACUACAGGACGACGAACACUACAUCAUGAGUCAUGGCUCAUUGGUUUUUUGCAUAUACAAUAAAAGCUCGUUAACUUGGAUUUCACGGGACCGCAAAAAAUGUCACAAUUGUCAAAAGUAUCCAGAAAACAAUAAACAAAUGUC